AGCGUUCUGCACGCUGGGAACGAGAGUACAAAAUGGCGGUGGUAAGAGGGACGGGUCGCUUCAUUCAAUCCAGUUUGCCGUUGUUUUUAGCGACGUAAGUGCCAUGUUUAGCCGCCGUGUUGCCUAGAGGGAGGGAUGUCAGCUCAGAGAAGAUGGAACGGGGAAGGAAGACCGCAUUUCACGAGCCUAUCAGACCCAGCACUACCCUGGUGCGUAUCCAGCCGCCCAAGGUCCACGCCGUUGCCUACACCACGGGGGGUCUGAAGACGCUCUACAAGAAAAUCUCCCUCAGCAAGAACAGGAAAAUAAGAAAUGACCACGAGUUCGGGGCCUACACAGACAACCAUGGCUGCUUCGUGCCAGAGGAGUCCAUGCCGCUACUUGCCAGCCGCUACCGUUACCUUGAGAUCCUCGGGAAGGGAAACUCCUCAGUACUGCUCAAGGCGGAGGACACCUUCCGCCGAGACAACAACCUGGUCUCCAUCAAGAUUCUCCAUGUCAACUACCAUGCCCUUGGUUACCAGGAAGCAGACUGUAUCCGGAGGCUGAACCUGGCUGACCCUGAGGACAUCUCCCGCUGUGUGAGACUCCUGAAUUUCUUCACGUUUGACGAGCACUACUGCAUGGUGUUUGAGCUGCUCAACCCCACACCCCUGCACCACUACUUUAGGAAACUCCACUCACCUGAGGAGAAACUCUCCAUCAUUAAGAAGGUUGCGAUCCAGCUGCUGCAGGUGCUCGGGUUCUUACUCAGAGGCAAUGUGAUCCACGCAGACCUGAAGCCUGAGAAUGUAUUAGCAGUAUCAGGUGACCUUGACAAUGUGAAGGUUAUAGACUUUGGAAACGCGAUCCACUCGGUGCCUGAGGAGAUUUCGCUGUACUACGAUGACUUUGAACUGCAGACGCUGCUGUACAGGGCCCCAGAGGUGAUGAUGGGGCUGCCAAACUUUGCCCUGGAGAUCGACAUGUGGUCUUUGGGAUGUAUUCUAGCUGAGUUAUAUAUAGGAAAGCCACUUUUCUUCGGAAUGAGCAAAAGAGAAAUUCUAAUAAAGAUGACAGGCAUCCUUGGCCCGUUUCCGCUAAAUCCGUUUGAGGAAGGAAAGUUUUUCCCGGAGCUGAGAGAGUUCGUCAGCGUGCACGGGCCUCUUCCGGAGCAAACUGUGAUUAACCGGCUGAUGGGAGAGCUGGACAACAUCAGGGACUUUCACUUCGCCAGUUUCCUGGCCGGGCUGCUCAAAUACGACCCCAGGGAGCGAAUGACGGUGGCGCAGGCAGCUGUACACCCUUUCCUGGCCAGAACCCUGGGGAUGAGGUACCUCAUGCCUGCAGACCACCCCAUUGCCAGAACGUUCUACCCAGCCGUGGGCGUGAACCCGACCAGCUACCGGCAGCGCCCGCACAUCGAGCUCGACCUCAGCAGGCAGAACCUGCGCAGCGAAACCCUCCUCCGCAUGGGAACCGUUGCCCCGGCAACCAAUACGUCUCCGCGGCAACCCUCGGGCAAGCACCGCACCAGGUCGCGGACGGGGUCGGGGGGAAGCUCGAGCUCGAGUCAGAACUCGACGCCGCGGCAGACGAGGAUCCCCCAGCCGUCCCGACAGAGGUCCAACAACAACAACAACAACCAGCCUGAGACGGGGGCAGUGCAAUACAACAGGAACGGUCCGGUGCAGCCUCACGGCCUUCAGGAGGUGCAAAAGCAUCGCCUGAACUCGGCCGAGCCUGAAAAUGUGCAGUACAACCAACACAACGUGCAACACCUGCCUCACGCGGCCCCCGCACAACACUCCCAGCACGCCGCUCACGCCCUGUACGGGAGAGAUGGGGUGACGGAAGGUCAUCGAGCAAACAGCCACGGCGCAUCUCACUCAGGACAGUCGCAGUCUCCCCGCAAGUCUCCGCGUCGGCGUGGCAACCGGCGCCGGUACCAGACCCUGCCCCACAGAACUAGCAGCAGCCUUCUUCCCUCCAGCGAGGGCACAGCGGUCCACCGCUCAAACUCGCUGUCAGAAGCGGACGUUAUCGACUUGACGGAGGGCCACAAGGCUGGGCAACUCCAUAGCUCACAGUCUUCGCACAACACUGGCCAGACGCAGCCCUCCCGAACGUCAUACAAUGACAGCCAAUCACAGCCCUCCCGAGUGUCUUACAACGACAGCCAAUUGCAGCCCUCCCGAACAUCGUACAACGACAGCCAAUCUCAGCCCUCCCGGGCGUCUUACAACGACAGCCAAUUGCAGCCUUCCCGAACAUCAUACAACGACAGCCAAUCGCAGCCCUCCCGGGCGUCUUACAACGACAGCCAAUCGCAGCCCUCCCGAGCAUCUUACAACGACAGCCAAUCGCAGCCCUCCCGAGCAUCUUGCAACGACAGCCAAUCGCAGCCCUCCCGAGCUUCGUACAGUUCCCGGCCAGUUUCCUGCGGCGGCCAGAGCAGCGCUUGCAGCACCAGCCCGCUGAGCGUCGACACCAGCGACAGCGACGACGAGGUCCUGCUCAUCAGCGAGAUCCCCACCCCCCUGGUGCAGAGGCUCAAGCGGGCCUCGUCCGUCCCUGGGCCCCCCACCCCUCCGGCCCGCAGGAACGGGUUCAACCGGAAACUCUUGCCUCCGGGCCUUCAACUGGGCCAGGAUCCAAACAUGGCCGCGCCGCCGCUCAACCCGACCAAGCAGGUUAGGAAGAGAGCGUCGCUGAAAUCUAUCCGAAGUACGGAUCCAGAUUCACUGCACCACAUUGCACACACAGAGAACAAUGCCCCCGGAAUCGCUCAGGAGUUCUCCAACAUCAAGAUCACGGCCCGCGGGCGCAGCCCCACCAUCAAGGGCAUCAAGAAGUCCAAGAGCCUGCCAGAGUUCGAGCACGUGAUGAUUAAGUCCGGGGAGUCCUCUCCGGAGCAGGAGGAGCGCGCUUCGGACUCCUCCGGCUCCAGCCGGGUCCGGAGUCUGGAGGACAUCUGCCAGGCAGAGGACGAACCGUCAGGAAAACCGACACGGCACAGGAAGCGCUCACUGACCUUUAUGUCAUCGGUGAGCACCCUGUGGAACACGUUCAAGCCGUCAGUGUCGGCGCUCCUGGGGGGACCAGGACGGAGGGAGGAAACGGCGGGAGCCUACCGCAGGAGGGGGACCAGCGGCAAGCACGUCCACGCGUCCGCCGGGGGUGCGGUCACGGACAUCAGCCGGGCGCUGAGUCCCAGCAACGACAAGCCAUCUCCCAGGCAACCUGCUGAUGUCAGCCAAUCGCUGCGGCUGUCCGCGCCCGCCUGCCUGGAGGCGGAAACUCCGCGGGGGGCAGAGAUGGAGGUGAGCGGAGGCAAGAGGAGGAACAACAUGUCCCCGACCGACAUGACGAUGUCGCCUCCCAAACAGCUCACAGCAGCACCCUCACAGGAGGGCGCAACCCGAAUGUACCGGAACCAGCAGCUGCGCACAUCGAAGAAACGGCGUGAGGAGGCAGCGCAGGCGGCACACUCGGAGCAGGAGAAGCAGAACGUGCGGAAGAUCGCACAGGAGCUCAUCCAGUUCAUGCAGAACCACCAGGCAACCAGCAUACCCCCCUCCCCGGGGAGGAGAUCAGCUCCCCCUGGGGGGCAGGGGUUUCCCCCAGGGGGCCAGGGGUUUCCCCCAGGGGUGCAGGGAUAUGCGGUGUGUGCAGGACAUGGGGGCCAGCUGACCAGGCAAGCUCUACCUAGGACCAGAGCAGCCAGUGAAGGGGCAGACAGACACAGACAGAAUGGCAGUUUCCAUGACAACGCGUCCCCUCGUCAGGGUAGUAGUGCGUCUCAUGGAUACCACCAGGCAGAGGAAGACUUAGAGUUCUAUGACUAUAGUGUGGACGGUGCUGGGGAUAGAAACCUGUCUGUAGAUAAGCCAAGGAAGUGAUCCUGCUGUAGUUUGGGCUGGUCUGUAGGAGACAUCUCAGGGAUCGAGCCACGGAGCCGACAGGGUCUGAUGGGGAGGUCUCCUGCCCAGGGCAGUCUGCUGGGGAGAUCUCCAGCCCAGGGCAGUCUGCAGGGGAGGUCUCCAGCCCAGGACAGUCUGCAGAUUUCUUGAGCCCAGAGCAGUGUGCUAGUUCCCCAGCCAAGACCAGCCGCCUUCUCCAUGCACUUUUAUGUUGACCUCUCCAUAGAAGACAGCCCAGACAGCAGGACCAAUGCAAUGCAAUGCAACAUUACAAUGUGUAUGGUACAGAGUCCAUACUACUUUUAGUGCCUUCCUCAGGAGCCAGCCCCUACUAUAGAAUUCGGCAAGCAAAAAAUGCUUGUCCUGAAAUACAUGACCAUGACUCUUGCCUUAGAAGAUGUUAAGAAAGAAAUACAUGUAUCAGUUGUAGGUACACAUGAAUUUUGUUAGCUACUCCUGUACAGCACAAAAGGUAGAUAAACAUGUAGGUAAAAGUGAUCUCACACAAGUGCCUUCCCGCUAACUAUGCAAUAGCUAGCACAGGUAACAUACCUAGCAUAUGCUAGAUAACUGACAAAGGCUAGAUAACUAGCACAGGUCAGGUAACUAUGUGCAAGAUAACUCCAGAGAAGAGGCCCUUCAGUCUACAUGAUUCUGAGUGUUACACAACAUACAGUAAAUAGUCAUGUAGCUUUAGAUAGGAAAAGUUAACCCAGAAAACACAUUUUAGGGGCCACAACUUGAUAGUAACCGAACAAGUCUUCCACUCAGCUGGAUUCGUGCCGAUGUCAGCAGUUCUGCCCUGAACUAGGCCAUGAGCCGACCGUGUGUUGUACAUAAAUGCUGAUCUCCAAGCAGAUGUUCGGAGGGCUGAAUCCUUUCAUUGUCCUAGCUGCCCGUUUCUGUCCAGCUGCCCCCAGCAAGGAAAAUGUAGCAAUUUAGUCUCCCCCCCAGUAUCUGCUUGGAGAUGACACAAAUGCAGGGAUUCUGAAAUGCCAGUGCAGAAAGUCCUGAACUGUGCAGCAUUUGAACCAUGUGGAGUUGACCCUUGCCCUAUGACCCUUGCCUUACGACCCUUGCACGAGAGACAAGGCUGCCAUGACAGGUGUGUAUAAAUGUAUCGGUGCAGGGACCAGGGAGACGCACUACUGUAAAUGUGGAAACUUUUGCGGUGGUUUUAUUUUUUUGGCAGGGUCCUCGCCACUGUGACCAUGACUGUGCCUCUAUGACUACUGUACCUCCUUUUUACUUUUACUGUGAAUUAAAACCACUGCAAAAGUAAACAAGUAAACAGAUUUACAGUAUAUGAGAAUAAUGAUAAAGCUGCAGUAAGGUAUAUAUUUUAGAGUUUUGUACAUACUUGUAUUUAUAAUGGAGAAUAGCUAAGUAGAUCCAGAUGGAAAGGAGUAAUACUUUGAUAUUGUGGGGAAUUUAUAAUGGUAACAUAGUGUUUUUGUACUUUAUCUGGGAAUGGUUGCUGUGUUACAUACGGACAGCUUGUAAAGGUAUCAGAGACAUGUUUUAUAUUUUUAAGAGUAAAAUAAUCAAAGAGAUAGGAAUACUAAUAUUGCAUCUGAAUGAACUGCUGAUGGUGUGGACUUUAGUCAGGAAACACUGGUCUCUUUUAAGUUGAGAAAACUUCAGGCAGAAUAUCUGAAAAUCUACUUCAUUUUAGAAACUAGCAACUGUACAAAGUUGCGGCAGACGUAAUAACAUCAUUACAUGUUAGUGAAUGUUGUAUUGUCUGUAUCUGUGUACCCAGGGUUUCUCUGAACAGCAGUGCUCAGUCACUGAGAGAGAAAUAAAAUAGAUAAAAUGAUUCAGAAAUAGAUGAAUUAGGGACCAUGUCACCUAAAAUUUGUGAAACUCUGUUGUACUUUUAGUGAAGGGUUGCAAAAUACUAGUAAUCAAAAGGCUCAAAGUCAGAUUUUCCAGAUCAGUGCCUUUCCACAUUCAAUUUCACCAGGACGUUCUUGAGUCUUGACUGCAUUUUCCGAUUUUUAGCUUGAAAAGUUGUCCUGUUCACAGCCACAUUGCUGCACAAAUUCCUGUUUCUCAGAGUUAUGUACAGAAAAAAAUGAAGGACUGUGUAAAAAGUCUGUUGUCUUGUGUGCUAAACUUGCAACACGUUUUUACAAAGUGGAUAAGAAUUUGAACUACAGACUAGAUUGUGUAGUUGUUGUUUUGCCAUAUCCUAGGUUUUCCUCGGUGUGAGCUUUCUCUGUGAAGACUUCAGAGAAGUUUUGUUGUUUCCUUUCACAGGGCUAUUCCUCACCAGGCUAUUCUUCGCCUGCCUACCCUUCACAGGUCUACCGUGGAAAGAGAUUUCUCGUGAUCUCAACCUACGCCCCAUUUUCGUCUCCCCACUCAUACCGCCUUGUGCUUUCUUGGCUGGAGAACCAGUUUCUCCGGUGGCUAGGCUGCCUUCGGGGUGCGCCCUUUUUCUUUUGAGAGGGCAGCCUGCUCUGGAGCAUGCUACUUUUGUGAUGUUAUUUUCAACAUUGUCCUUAGAUGGACUAUCUUCCUUUUGCUGUUGGGUCUGAUUCCUUAUGGCCUACUAUAAUUCACUCUGUCUUCACGGUACCAAACUUUCACGGUCCGAGAAAAUUUAACUUGUUCUCGGAACUAAAUGUUCACUGUCGUGGCAAGUGCGCAUUAAAAAAGGCUGUGAUUUAUUUGUUAUCAGUAAUGAUAAGUUCACGUUAUAGUUGUCACAGUGAAAACCGUGAACAUUACAGUACAUGGAAAAAAUCAGGAAUUACAGUAUCUUAUCAUUGUCCUGAUUGGUCUGUGCUUCCGGACUUGGUUUGUUAUCUGGAAUGUGAUUCUUUGCAAGUAGUUGCAAUGUAUUGGCCUCUCUUUCAAUGAGCAAUCUGAAUAACUACUUGAAUUCUUGUUAUUUAUAGCAAUAACAUUGUUGAUUUUGACUGCUCAUGUACAUGUAUUUGAUGGCAGUAACUUGACAGUCCAUGAAAACUGUCAAAGGUGGAGGAAUAUGGCAAAAUGCCGCUAGGGUUUUCUUAUGUCACUGAUUUGGCUUUUGUGAUGUUAUUUUCAACAUUGUCCUUAGAUGGACUAUCUUCCUUUGCUGUUGGGUCUGAUUCCUUAUGGCCUAUCUUAUCAUUGUCCUGAUUGGUCCGUGCUUCCGGACUUGGUUUGUUAUCUGGAAUGUGAUUGAUUGCAAGUAGUUGCAAUAUAUUGGCCUCUCUUUCAAUGAACAAUCUGAAUAACUACCUGAAUUCUUGUUAUUUGUAGCAAUACAUUGUUAAUUUUGACUGCUCAUGUAUACGUGUAUUUGAUGGCAGUAACUUUGUCCAUGAGAACUGUCGAAGGUGGAGGCAUAUUGCAAAAUGCCGCUAGGGCUUUCUUAAGUCACUGAUUUGGUGCAAAGUAUUGUUGCUUAAUGGAAUUCUUUGGACAACUAUGGCCAGCGUUUCUGUUUGAUGUACUACUUGGUCUUAGUCUUACAUGUUGUUACUACUUUUUCAAAGGUUUUCUGCGAGCCUCAAAACUCAGGUGUUUUUGUCACGCCCCGGUGGGUAGGGUUAAAUGGUGAUGUUUGUAUCAGAGAUUUGUGAAGUAUUUUGCAUCUUGUUGGGAAUAUAAUGAAUUUUUGUAACAUUGAAUGACUUUUAAGGAUAUGUACUAAGUAAAUGCUGACAUCAGCAAGUUCACUGCUAGAUAUUAUAUCUAUGCUGGUUGUUGCCACAGUGUAGGUUAUUUUUGUACAAACUUUGUUCUUGGCAACACUGAAGGGUGUUAACUAUUAGGCUAAUUAUAUUUAUAACAAUGGUUUAGAGAGGAGAAUUUUUAAUAAAAGUGGUGCUGGGAAGAUCA